AAGAUUUAACCGCCGGGGAAAACGAGGAAGGACCAGAUACGAGAGCGAGAUACUAAAUACAUGACAGCUCUAUUAGUACUAUAUGUUUAUUGUUUUAUUUGAACUAGUUGCUUGUGUUGUGCGCUUUCUAUGAUCACCUUCACGGCAGCUUCCCAUAUAUGCAUUGAAUCGCUGCACUGAUACGUCCAUAGAGCAUGGAUUCUCCAUCCUCACAGUUUAUUUCCUCAAGAAGGAUGGGUGUGUAUGAUCCUAUCCACCAAAUUAGCAUGUGGGAAGAAAACUUCAAAAGUAAUGAUAAUAAUUUAAGUGUAUCUACAUCCAUAAUUGAGGAGGGGGAUAUGAAGUUAGCUAAUCAGAUUCAGGUGCAAUCAGAGGAUGCUUCUCAUGGAAUAUUUGGAACAUCUGUGAAUUACGACCAAGGUGCUAACAAACUUACUGAUAAGACACAAAGACGUCUUGCACAAAAUCGUGAGGCUGCUCGCAAGAGUCGUUUGAAGAAAAAGGCAUACGUGCAGCAAUUAGAAGCAUGUCGUUUGAAGCUGAUGCAGUUAGAGCUAGAGGUAGACCAUGCAAAACAACAGGGAUUGUAUGUUGGUGACGGAUUGGGUUCUAAUAAUUUUGGUUUUGCUGGCUCUGUAAAUCCAGGAAUAACAAUUUUCAAGAUGGAGCACGAGCACUGGGUGGAGGAGCAAAAUAGACAAAUUUUGGAACUGAGAACUGCUUUAAGUUCUCAUAUGGAUGACAUUCAGUUCGGGACACUAGUACAGGGCAUAAUGAACCACUACUCCAAACUCUUUAGCUUGAAAUCUGCUGCUGCAAAAUCAGAUGUUUUCUAUGUUAUGUCUGGUAUGUGGAAGACAACAGCUGAACGAUUUUUCUUGUGGAUUGGAGGAUUUCGCCCCUCUGAACUUCUAAAGGUUCUGGUCCCUCUGAUUGAACCUUUGACAGAGCAACAAAGGUUUGAUGCAUAUGGCCUUGAAAAAUCAUGCCAGCAAGCAGAAGAUGCCCUUUCACAAGGUAUGGAAAAACUUCAGCAAAUGCUUGCUGACAGUGUAGGGCCAGGACAACUAGUUGAAGGAACUUACAUUCCACAAAUGGAUACUGCAAUGGAGAGACUGGAAGCUCUGGUGAGCUUUGUGAACCAGGUUUGGAAUAAUGAAAUCUGCAAUGAUAAAUAAUAAAGGAGUUUCAAGUAGAGUGCAAAUAAAGGAAUUUCAAAAGGAAAUGAAGGUCAAAUGUUGGUUCAAGCAUCACUAACUUUAGAGAGAGAUGAUAUAGGGAGGAAGAGACUGAUGAGUGCAUCAUUUGUAUUAUGAAGAGUUAAUGGUGAAGAAACAAAAGUGUUUGUUUAAAGUGUGGAAUAAAUUUAAUAUAAUGUGUUAUUGUGAUUAGCAUAAGUUAAAAUUAAUUGUUUAUUAGCAAAUUGUUGAAGAAAGGAGAAAAUGAAGUCUUAGGCUCUUGAAAUAAAGGAAUAACAAUAAGUUGAACUUGAAUGUUCACUACUUAGCUACUUGUAACAUGGAUAAAAAAUAUUUUCCAACCAAAAAACAUGAAUAUAAGAGGAAGAAUUUGGUGGUGGUUUUGAUUUAUACCGGAGCUUCCCUUAAUUUUUAUUUGGGAUGGUGGAAUAUUGAGGUUGAGUUUUGAUCCAAUCAACCAUUGUCAAUUGGGAUAUGAGAAUAUAAAAUUGGUAUAAAUGUGUUAUAUAUAUAGAAGUAAUAGUAGAGUUUAAAAGUAUUUCAAAUAAUUGACUUUUAUGCUUUUGAUAUGGGAGAAGUAAAUUUGACUUUAGAGAGUAAUUGGAUUGGCUAGUCUUAUAAAGGUUAUAAUUGAUUAGGAAUAACAAAUCAUGAAAUUUAAUUUUUAAUUAUGAGAAAAAAAAAAAGUUAAGUUGAAAGAUAUGUUUAAUUACAUAGGAAAAUAAAAUUCCUUAUUCCAUUUCCUAGGAUAUACAAAAUGUAAAUAAAUUGAUGUUAUCUAAUAGUAUCCAAAAGAUCAAAGGAUGUAAAGAUGAUAGAGUAAUAAUAAGUGAACAAAUAGAAACAUUUUUAGUUUUUCUUGCAGAUUUUUUAAAAGUGUUCUUAGAGCCUCAUGACUUACCUUCUAAAAAUUCUAAAGAGCAUACAUACUAUUAAUUUGAAAUAUGAGCUUUAUCUCAUGAAUGUAAUGCCUUAUUGAUAUCCCAUUAUCAAAAAGAAUAAAGUGAGAAACAAGUGAAUGAGCUACAAAAGUCAAGUGUCAACAAGCCAAAACUAGUGUCUAUUCUAGAAUAAACAUGAAUUUAAGACUUUAUUAUAUCAUUGGCAAGGAAGAAAAUUCAUAUUUGAAAGAUGUGCGAGUUAUAGGAAACUCAAUAUCACGAUAAUACUUAACAAGUACCUUAUAGCAAUGAUUAAGGAGUUAAUUAAUGAACUAAAUAAAACUUCUAAUAAUGGUGUAUUAUUAUUUUUUAGUCAAUUCAUCAAUAUUAAUUUAACUUAGUAUCCCAAAUUUGGAGUGAAAGUUUUAGUUUUUAAUUUCUAAACCAGAAUGAUUAGUCUCACAUCAAGUAUAGGAAGAGAUUAAACAUGUCUUUAACUUUCAAGAAAUUAUCUCAAAUUUACAUAAGGAUCUAACAUCUACAUUGGGUUUCUCUGUAUAACAUCACAU